ACAUGAAGCAUCGACAGUCAUCAGUGGGACGGCAGGUGAAGCGGCAGCAUCACUCCAGUUAUUUCUAAACUCGAGGUGCAAGAAGUUAGGAGUCGUCUUUCUGAAGCGGACCCGGUCAUUUCAGACGAGUCGAGGCCCGGUGUUUAAAGCUUCGUGGUCAGAAUGUGUUCGGGCGGUUUCGCCAAAUGUCUGGGCAUCAGCCUGAUGCCGCUCGCCAUCGUGUGUGUGCUCUGCAACAUCCUGCUCUUCUUCCCCGGCGGGAAGGUUGCAGAUAAGGACAACAUCACAGACGAGGUUUGGUACUUUGGAGGCAUCCUGGGAUCCGGUGUGCUGAUGAUCUUCCCAGCUCUCGUCUUUCUGGGUUUGAAGAACAAUGACUGCUGCGGUUGCUGUGGAAACGAAAGCUGUGGGCGAAGAUUUGCGAUGCUGAGCUCCAUACUGUUUGCGGCUGUCGGUGCGCUUGGUGCAGGUUACUCAGUUGUGGUUUCAUGUGUAGCUAUCAACAAGGGGCCGCGUUGUUCUUUGGUUGACCCUGAGAGCUUCAACCAAACACAAUGGACAUACCCUUUUGACAAUGGAGACUACCUGAAGAACCACACUUCCUGGAGCGUGUGCAAACAGCCAACAAAUGCGGUUUCCUGGCACCUGGGCCUGUUCUGCGUGCUGCUGGUGAUGGGUUUGAUCCAGAUCGCUCUGUGCGCCGUGCAGGUGAUAAACGGCCUGCUGGGGGCGCUGUGUGGAGACUGCUGCGGCUGCUGCGGCGGGAGCGAUGGAGCCGUAUAAGCGCCUCCUGUGGAUGAACAGACGGCUGUCCCAUAUUUAUUCUCCGUCCUGAGGAUGACUUUUACGCAUUAAUCUAACUGCUGAAGAGGAGCUUAUUGAUUACAGUGCGUCAUCUGAAAACACUGCAAAAAUGACAGAGCUCUUUUCACGUUCUUAGUUUCCUUUCCUCAUGCAGAUUCUUUUGACUGUGUAUUAUUACUGUUAUUGAUAAUAUAAAGGUUAAUCUGCUGUACAUUGUUUUUACUGAGUUUCUAUCUGCUAUAUGUAUUUAUUUUGUUUCAUGGCUUUGUUGUUUAUUUUUAUUUUCACCCCAGUUGCUUCUUGCUGUUAAUGCUUUAUGAAGUAACAUGACUGCCUCCUGGUGGGCUUCAUUCACCAAAGAUUUUAUCGUACUUUAAAUGGUAAUUAUUACAGAUUUUUUCUGUCGCUUUGGUGCAUUUCUCUUAGCAAAACAUAAGAGUAUUCUCAGAACAAUUUGCACAAACAGUAAAAUACCAUGGAAUAACUGCAAAAGUCAGUUUAUUUCUCAGAAUGCUUAGUUUAUAUCACAGAAAUUAAAUUUCUGUAUCAAUAAACAUGUCUGGACAAAAUUCAUAUUUGCUGUUUUAUUGUAAUUUUUGACAGAUCAUGUUAUUGUAAUUCAGAAAGGAAAAUACAGUUCUGCAUGUUAAGAUUUACAAGACAAAUGUGUGCCUCAAUGUUAUGGAGUUUCAGACCAUUUAAUAGAAACCUACAUAAAUAAGAUGAUAAGUAGUUUGGAGAAUUUCAAAUAUGUUCUGAGAAAUGAGACAAAACAACAGAGAAAAUGUCUUUAAAAAAAUAAAACAAAUAAAAAUAAAGUUGAAAAGG